CCCCCCCCCCCCCUCGGCCUCCGCUGCCGGCCGCUCCCUCUCCCGCCGCCCGGAGCGGAGUCGCGUUGACUGACCAGAGUCCGCGAGUCCCGCUCCGCUCCCGCCGCCUCAGCUUUUUCAAUUUUUACAACAUAGGAAUAUCUUUAACUCGGAAUGUCUCUACAUCAGUUUUUACUAGAGCCAAUCACCUGCCAUGCAUGGAACAGAGACCGUACUCAGAUUGCCAUUAGCCCUAAUAAUCAUGAAGUCCACAUCUACAAGAAGAGCGGGAACCAGUGGGUGAAGGCUCAUGAGCUAAAGGAGCACAAUGGACACAUUACAGGUAUUGACUGGGCUCCCAAAAGCGAUCGCAUUGUAACUUGCGGUGCAGAUCGCAAUGCCUAUGUCUGGAGUCAGAAAGACGGCGUGUGGAAACCGACCCUUGUGAUCCUGAGAAUUAAUCGCGCAGCUACCUUUGUGAAAUGGUCUCCCUUGGAGAACAAAUUUGCUGUGGGAAGCGGAGCUCGACUUAUAUCUGUGUGCUACUUUGAAUCUGAAAAUGACUGGUGGGUGAGCAAACACAUUAAAAAGCCCAUUCGUUCCACUGUCCUUAGCCUGGACUGGCACCCCAACAAUGUCUUGCUGGCUGCGGGAUCCUGUGACUUCAAGUGCAGGGUGUUUUCUGCUUACAUUAAGGAAGUGGAUGAAAAACCAGCCAGUACACCAUGGGGCUCCAAAAUGCCUUUUGGGCAGCUGAUGUCAGAAUUUGGGGGUGCUGGAAGUGGCGGAUGGGUGCAUAGCGUCAGUUUUUCUGCCAGCGGUAACCGCCUAGCCUGGGUCAGUCAUGAUAGUACCGUGUCAGUUGCUGAUGCCUCAAAAAAUAUGAUGGUUUCGCAGCUGAAAACAGAGUUCCUCCCACUCCUGAGUGUGUCAUUUGUCUCUGAGAACAGCGUGGUGGCAGCUGGCCAUGACUGCUGCCCGAUGCUCUUUAACUGUGAUGACCGUGGCUUGCUGACCUUUGUUUCCAAACUAGACAUUCCAAAACAGAGCAUCCAGCGCAAUAUUUCCGCUAUGGAACGCUUCCGAAACAUGGAUAAAAGAGCCACUACAGAAGAUCGUAACACUACCCUGGAGACACUGCACCAAAACAGUAUAACCCAAGUGUCUAUUUAUGAGAUAGACAAACGAGAUUGUCGUAAAUUCUGCACCACCGGCAUUGAUGGAGCAAUGACCAUCUGGGAUUUCAAGACCUUAGAGUCCUCUAUUCAAGGUCUACGAAUCAUGUAAAGAUGGAUUUCCGUGAUCUAGCAGGACAAACUGCUUGACAGAAUGCAGCUCCCACAUCUGCACAAACCCGAAAAGGGAGGAGGAAGGUGGAAUAUUUGGAAACACUGAGAAAAUACAGCUUGGCAGAUUUUCUUUUGAAUCUAAAUUUGGUGAAUUGUGUUGGUUUCAAAAUCAGCUGUGAUUGUUCUUUUUUUUUAUUUUUUUUUUCGGUUGGUUGUUUCAUUCCAUUCUUUACCAAAGCUGCUCCUUAAGUAGUUUAUUGCAGGAAGUUAUGAAUCACUAACUUAAAAGGGGAAUUUUAUGUAAAUUGUCUGCUAGAAAUAAUAAUAAUAAAAACAAAAAGAAAAACCGAUUCUUUGUUUUGAUGCUCAUUAGCAGUGAUUAAAAAAGGGAUAUUAAGGGAAUUAACUCUGCGAGAGAUGGCAGGGGAAACCCUGCAGCAGUAUUUUAUGGCCUUAAAACAGGAAGAGUUCAUCUUAACUGAAAGCUCUGUAAAGUUGACAGAUGAAGACCUGGAAUUCUGGUGAUCUGGAUGUGAAGGUUCGGCUGGGCUUCUUUCAGAGGAAUUGUUCUCUUGAGGUGAUGAUUUUAGAGGGUGAACAGUUUUGUCCUGCCGACUCUUAGUUCUGUCUGCCCGGCAUUUAAUCCAGUAAUAAUAGAAAACUAACCUGAAAGUCUCUUUUUAUUGUCUGUUUACCGGGUCUUAGUUUUCCAAAGGCGAAUGACCAGAAUUAUUUGUAGUUACCUUUCAGGAUUUGCACAAAGACUUCUCGCAGUGCAGUGCCUGGGAUAAGGGGUGGAAGGCUGCCUAUGGAAAGCGCGGCAAAAAUCUGCUGAGCCAGAUCUUAGGAGGACAAAUUAAAAGCAAAUCACUUUUUAAGUCUGUGAAGCUACCCAGGCCUGCAUGCCGUGUUAGAGCCGAGUGCUCGGCCUGUAAAACUCUGUGUUUAUAAUGGCCGGUGGAGAAAUAAAACGCCCUUACCAGAA